AUGAGUAAAUCUAGUAUCAUUCAGGAUGAUGAACCUGAUGAAUGGGAUCAAAGAAUCAUCAAGACCGGAUGUGCGGACGAAAACUUAGCUCUCCAAUUGUGUCAUGCUGAUACUGGUGAUUGGAGACAAUGUAUUAAAGAAAUGGAAGCCUUCAAAAAGUGUUGGUCUUCAAACAAAAAUGAUGAAAGAACAAACACUGUUGAUAAUUCUGAAUCAAUUUAA